UUUCUUUUAAAACGGGAGACACCUUUGUUUACUAAUUGAAAAGGAGUUAAAACAGCGAUAAAUACCUAACUUCUAUGCAGGUUCUUGAAUUCUUUUUAUUUUUUCCCCCUUCACUGUAAAAGCACACAAGAUUUAUUCAAAAUCCUACACUAAUCUCAGCUCUUACGGCCGCCUAAACCAAGAAAAGAAAGAUACUUCUUUGUUUUUGUUUUCUUGCUUUUUUUUUUUUUUUUUUGAGUUACAAGAAAGAAGGAAAGAAGGUUUUAGUUUGAAGCAUUUGGCUUUCUUCGCAAAGGAAAACAAGCAAAUUGCCUGCAUUUUAGAUUGCUGGUGGAAAUUGAGGAAUAAAUACAGAAUCUUUAUAAGCUCAAGAUAAUGGAGAAUGGGUUUGAGCUCGGGACUUCCAAUCCUAAUUCUCCACUGGAUCAAGGACUUGGGGACUUUGGGUGCUCACACUAUAGAAGGAGAUGCAAGAUCAGAGCACCCUGUUGUGAUGAGAUAUUUGAUUGUAGGCAUUGCCAUAAUGAAUCAAAGAAUUCUGUGGAAGUUAAUCCCCUUGAUCGUCAUGAUGUUCCUCGCCAUGAAUUGAAAAGGGUAAUCUGUUCCUUGUGUGGUAAAGAACAGGAUGUUCAACAGCAUUGUAUCCAGUGUGGAGUUUGCAUGGGGAAGUAUUUUUGCUCGAAAUGCAAGUUCUUUGAUGAUGAUGAUUCUAAGCAGCAGUACCAUUGUGAUGAAUGUGGCAUCUGCAGAACUGGAGGGAAAGAGAACUUUUUCCACUGCAGUAGAUGUGGUUGCUGCUACUCAAAAUUGUUGAAGGAUUCACACAAUUGUGUGGAAAGGGCAAUGCAUCACAAUUGCCCUGUUUGCUUUGAGUAUCUCUUUGAUACAACGAGAGACAUUACUGUCUUGCCUUGUGGACACACUAUACAUCUAGAAUGUGUUAAAGAGAUGGAGCGACAUUUCCAGUAUGCUUGUCCUGUUUGCUCAAGAUCAUACUGCGACAUGUCUUGCGUAUGGGAAAAACUAGAUCAAGAGGUUGCUUCAACACCUAUGCCCCAAAUAUAUCAAAACAAGAUGGUUUGGAUUCUAUGCAAUGACUGUGGGGAAACAUCGGAAGUUAUUUUUCAUAUUGUAGCACGCAAGUGCAUAAAAUGCAACUCAUACAAUACAAGACAGACAAGAGGAGGCCCUACAUCGUGCUCAUCAAGAAUUGAAGAGAAUUGAAGAGAUGGUUCGAUGAGUAGCUUCUGAUGACCUACUACCUCUUGACGCCUUACAAUAAUGAAAUUGCCAUGAAAUAUGAGCUAAGAUGUUAAGUUCUUCAUGCAAGUUAUCCUAGCGCAACUGCUUCUUAAGCUGAAUGUUGGGCUGAACGUAGGACUGUCAUAGCGCAUCUGAAAAUGCAAACCCUUCUUUUCUAUAGGGUUUUGCUGCAACAAAUAUGUGAAGGUGGCGAAGCGUUUUGUUGGUAAAAAGGAUCUUGCAGGGAACCGAUAGUACUCUAGGACAGUUGAAUCUCUGAUCUAUCACAUCUUCUUUUCAGAAAGAAGAGAAGGUUGAUUAUUGUAAUGGAUAACUAGGUCUUGAAUCCUUGUUAAUUUUCCAAUCCAUAAAAUAAAAGAACUAGGCUUCAGUUCUCUAUCA